AUGGCGAUUGCAGCGGAGAGAGGAUACGUUGUGGAAACCAUGGACGUGGUAACUGAAUUUCUUCAAAGCAACGUGGAAGAAGAAGUGUACGUUCGUCAAGCCAAAGGAUACGAAAUAACGGAUGAAGUUACGGGACUACCACUGGUGAUGAAGCUCAAGAAAAGCUUAUACGGACUGAAGCAAAGCCCUCGGAACUUCGGCAACGCAUUUGCUAAAGGGAAUAAAGAAAUCGGGUUUACUGCUCUACUGAGUGACCCGUGCGUAUAUGUGUACGGAGCUGGACCGACAUAUGCGAUACUAUGUGUGUACGUGGACAACUGCACACUAGCCGGAAGGACACCAAGUGUUGUACAAGACUGGAAGAAGCAAUUAUCGGACAAGUUCAACAUGACCGAUGGAGGACCGGCGGAACUACUACUAGGGAUGGAGAUUUAUCAACGUGACGGAGAUAUCACUGUGAGCCAACACAAAUACGUGACGAAUAUUCUGAACAAGUACCAGAUGGUGGAUUGCAAACCAGCAGCAACUCCAGGGAGCGGACCGGAAAUCGAACAAGAGCCGGAGAACGCUAUAUAUUUAAGCGACGAGGACAAGAAACCUUACCAAGGAAUUGUCGGCAGUCUACUCUUCCUGACUCACACAACGAGAUGGGAGAUUGGAUAUGCCGUGAUGGUCCUGUGCAGAGGGAUGAACAAGCCUACUGAUCAACAUAUGGUCGGAGCUAAGAGAGUGCUGAGAUACCUUCGAGGAUGCCCGGAUAUGCCGCUGAAGUUCAGGAGAAUGGGACCUGAAGUGCUACUGUGA